CCUGCUGCUACCACUGCCUGGCUGUCUACCCCACUGCCUUUUCUCCACACAAUGGAAUCUGCCAUUAACACACUGGUCACCCAGUUCAAGACCUUUGCUGGGAAUGAUGGGUCGUCUGACACCCUGAGCAAAGAGGAGCUCCGUAACCUGGUGGUCUCCCAGCUGCCCAACUUUGUCAAGAAUGGCAAUGAUCCCGGGGUAAUUGACCAGCUCAUGGCUUCAUUGGAUGAAAACAACGAUGGGGAGCUGACAUUCCUGGAGUUUUGGCAGCUGAUUGGCAAACUAGCCAGCAAGCAGGGAGGUUUCAGCCAAUAGGAGACCGACGCAAGAUAGAGUCCAUUGUAAUGAUGUGGUAAUUCUGAACUCUGGGCCAAAAUUAUCUAUCAUCGAACAGUGUUUUUCAUCUGGACACAAAAUCUUUGUUUUACCCCCUUUCCAGGACAGAUUGUAAUAAUAAAGUAGUCCUCCAUUUCC